AAAAAGUUUGUUUUUUUCAUGUCUUUUUUUGGUUAUUAAUAAUUAAUUUUAGCUAUGAAAAAAAUAGAUAAAUAAUGACAAAAAUCUUAUGUUUUUGGGAAACUUUUUGGAAUUUCUCCAAAUCCAAAAAUGUAAAUGCAAUAAGAUCAUUACGUAUAAUGGCACCUGAUUAUAUAUUUUAUCGUGAUCCAAUGUGGCUCAAUUGUUCAAUGAUUGAUCUUGAUUAUAAUCAAAUUUAUUCAAUAAAAUGGUUUAAAGAUAAUCAAGAAAUGUAUCGUUUUAUAACGGCUGAUGAAUUAACACCACGUACAUUUUAUGAUACAACCGGUAUUGUUAUCGAUGAAUCUCGUUCGAAUUAUGGAAAUCUAUACAUUUUACAAACAGAUUUUAAAACUGAAGCAGAUUUUCGUUGUGAAGUAUUGGCUGAAAAUGAUUUUACAACGGCUAUUCAAAUUAAAAAAAUUCGUGUCUAUUAUAUACCACGUGAUGGUCAACCAAUAAUUGUUGGUAAAAAAUCACAUUUCAGUCCUAAUGAACCGGUAAAUUUAACCUGUACAUCACCUAUGUCAACACCACCGGCUCGUUUAGUUAUCAAUUUGAAUGGAAAUAGCCUGGUAUCAUCAAAUCAAAAUAAUAUCGAUGAUAAUCAAAAUAAUGAUGUAAUGAAAACAAAUCAAAUUAUAAUGCGUACAUAUUAUCGUCAUUUUGAAAAUGGACAAUCAUCAACAUCGGUUAAUGUACAAUUCCCGGGGUCAUGGUUACAAGCUAAACGUAUUAAUCAAUUUGAAUGUACAUCAUCAAUCAUACAUCGUUUUAAUCGUACUGCUAAUGUACGUUUAGAAAUGAAAAUUGAUUCAUCAAAUAAUAAUAAUCAUACAUUAUAUGUACCAAUAUUAGAUCAUCAUACCAAUAAUGAUCUUCAAGAUCGUUUAUCACCAAAAAUUGAAAAUUUAAAGAAAAAAUAUGAACUUGGUGAACAAAUAUCAUUACGUUGUUUAUCAUCCAAAUAUAAACCAAUGCCCGAAUUAUAUUGGCUUGUAAAUGGUCAACAAUUAGAUGCUCAAUUUUUAGAUUAUAAUAAACAAAAUGAUUUCAAUCAAAAUGGUUUUAUACGUUUAGAUUUAAAAUAUCCAUUGAAUGGAAAAAAUCAAAAUAAUGAUAAUGAUGAUCAGAAUGAUAAUGGUCAACAACAACUACAACAACAACAUUAUUCAUAUCAUCAACAUCAACGACGACAACAUGGUAAUAAUUUAUCGACCAAACGAAAUAGCCCGAAUUGGAAUCGUAGAAUUCAGCUAUCAAAUUCUAACAAUGAUGAUUCUUUUGAUUCAAAAUACCAAUCAUCAUCAUCGAUUUUAAUCGAUUCUUAUCAUUUUGAAUGUAUACAAGUUUUAUCCAAUGUAAUUAGUGUUAGUAGUGAAGUUGUACAAUUAUAUGGUACAUCAAGUUCAUCAUCAUCAUCAUCAUCAAGUGGAUCAAAUAAUCAUGAUUUAGAACAAUCAUUACAUCAUGGUAAUGCUGUUGAAGCUGUAAAAAGUUUUAUUGGAAAUAGUGCUGGAUCAUCAUCAUCAUUGCUGUUUGUAAAGCAAAUAAAUUCAUUUGUUUUGAUGAUGAUUAUUGUUUCGAUUUAUGCCACAAUGUUUUGAUCAACAUUCAUUGAUUUUUGAUUAUCCCCCAGAAAAACGGCAAAAACUUUUUAUUAUUAUCAUGGAAAUGAGG